GCGGGCAGUGAGUCAGCUGUCGCCGCCCCAGUGUCAGGUGAUCCAGGGUGUUGGUGGUGUCUGUGGAUGUUCUAUACACACACCAGCCGCGCCAUAUGCCGGUGCUGUGACUCUGGUCAACAUGGAUCCCGGUGAAGAAGGAGAGGGUGGGGGGGAUGGAGGCCUUGAAGCCGUCUGUGCAGUAGCAGAGGUCGACACAGUCGUGCGCUAUGUAAAACGAGUAGCGUCUGUUAUGCUUGAAGAUGACGACGAACCAUCGGUUGAACUUCAAACUGCUCUUAACGCUCCGCAGUACUUGGAGGUUAUUCGGAAAUUUGUUGGAGACUCUCAGUCCAAAUCGCUCCUCAUACAAAGAUGUGCUACCAAAGAAGAAACAGAAGAAGGGGGAGAGAUGGAGGAGGAAAAGGAGGUGGUGUAUCUAAUCUCGACUGGUGUACAUUUUACCUCGAUAAAAAUGAACAGCAUCCUGUGUAUCAAGCGAGGUGGAGUAAUUGAGGCAGACAAGUCGAUCGCGUCCCAGAUACGUACCUUGAACCUGAGUGAUGGCUCACCAUACGAGACACUGCAUGCAAUCGUUGCAAAUGCUGUUGCUCCAUAUUUUAAAUCGUUUGUUAAAGAAUCCGGCAAGAUUGAGAGAGAUGGAGAUAAAAUGGCACCAUCAGUUGAAAAAAAGAUUGCAGAGUUGGAAAUGGGCCUCCUGCAUUUGCAACAGAAUAUUGAUAUCCCAGAUAUAUCUCUGCCCAUCCAUCCAACUGUUGCACAGGUUAUCAAGAAGUGUGCCGAUGAAGGAACACGUCCUAAGGUUGCCGACUUUGGUGAUAGAGUAGAAGAUUCAAAUUUCCUCAACCAGCUACAGAAUGGAGUGGCUAGGUGGAUCAGGGAGAUCCAGAAGGUGACCAAGCUGGACAGGGAUCCAUCAAGUGGUACUGCCUUGCAAGAGAUAAGCUUCUGGCUCAACUUAGAAAGGGCUCUACUUAAAAUACAAGAUAAGCGAGAAAGCUUAGAGGUUGCGCUUACGCUGGAUGUCUUGAAGCAUGGGAAACGUUUUCAUGCAACGGUGUCAUUCGAUACCGAUACUGGUCUAAAACAGGCUUUGGCAACAGUGAAUGAUUAUGCUCCUCUCAUGAAGGAUUUCCCAUUGAAUGACCUCUUGGCAGCCACAGAGUUGGAGAAGAUCCGCUCGGCUGUACAGGCUAUCUUUAACCACCUUCGGAAGAUUAGAUCAACAAAGUAUCCUAUUCAGAGAGCGUUAAGACUGGUGGAGGCUAUUUCAAGAGAUUUGUCAUCCCAGAUCUUAAAGGUCCUGGGAACGCGUCGUCUGAUGCAUAUUGCUUUUGAGGAGUUCGAGAAGGUGAUGAGCCAGUGCUUUGAUGUGUUCAUUGCUUGGGACGAUGAAUAUGAAAAGCUUCAGGGCCUUCUUCGAGACAUUGUGAAAAAGAAGCGCGAUGAGCAGCUGAAAAUGGUAUGGCGAGUAUCUCCUGCUCACAAGAAGUUGCAGUUACGUAUGGAGCAAAUGCGCAAGUUCCGUCGUCAGCACGAACAACUACGAACCGUCAUAGUGCGGGUUCUUCGACCAACUGUGGUGAAGACGACAACUCUAGCGGAUGGUGAUACAGCAGAACUCAAGCCGGAGAUGGAUGCUGCUGAUUUAAAUGCCAUUGAAGAAGUUAAUCUAGCCUACGAAAAUGUGAAGGAAGUUGAUGGACUAGAUAUUAGCAAAGAGGGAACAGAAAUGUGGGAGGCUGCACUGAAGCGUUACGAUGAACGAAUUGACCGUGUGGAGACACGCAUCACAGCUCGCCUGAGGGACCAAUUGGGUACAGCCAAGAAUGCCAAUGAGAUGUUCCGCAUAUUUUCUCGUUUCAAUGCCUUGUUUGUGCGUCCUCACAUUCGAGGUGCCAUCAGGGAGUAUCAGACACAGCUCAUUCAGCGAGUGAAGGAUGACAUUGAGAGCCUUCAUGAAAAGUUUAAGGUCCAGUAUCCUCAAAGCAAAUCGUGUCGAAUGAGUCAUGUUCGAGACAUCCCUCCUGUAUCUGGAUCCAUUAUUUGGGCCAAGCAGAUUGAUCGUCAGCUAACUGCUUACAUGAGACGAGUAGAGGAUGUUCUCGGCAAGGGCUGGGAAAGCCAUGUUGAAGGGCAGAAACUCAAAGGAGAUGGAGAUUCUUUUAGACUGAAGUUGAAUACUCAAGAUAUAUUUGAUGACUGGGCAAGAAAGGUUCAGCAACGCAAUUUGGGUGUGUCUGGCCGCAUCUUUGCAAUUGAAAUGCUUCGAUCAAAGACCGGUAAAGGAAAUGAGUGCAAGUUAAAAGUUAAUUUCUUGCCAGAAAUCAUCACACUGUCCAAAGAGGUUCGGAACCUGAAGAAUCUUGGCUUCAGAGUGCCGUUAGCUAUUGUCAACAAGGCACAUCAAGCCAAUCAGCUGUAUCCCUUUGCCAUUUCCCUCAUAGAGAGUGUCCGCACAUAUGAACGAACAUUGGAGAAGCUGUUGUCGCGGGGUGGACCACACAGCCCUGCCAUCAAAGCGUCCCUGUUGAUGGAAGACAAGACCAACAUAUUACUCCUUGUAGCAGGGAUGCGGAAGGAAGUUCAGGGGCUCGUUUCAGAGGGCAUGUCAUUGGUAUGGGAGUCAUACAAAUUGGACCCCUAUGUUCAACGUCUUGCUGAAUGUGUUUUCAGCUUCCAAGAGAAGGUGGAUGACUUGCUAGUGCUGGAAGAGCAGCUGGAUAUUGACGUGAGGUCACUUGAUACCUGCCAGUACGCACAUUUCACCUUUGCCGAGAUUCUAAACAAGAUCCAGAAGGCCGUGGAUGAUUUAUCACUCCACCAGUACUCCAAUUUGCACAUUUGGGUGCAGCGACUUGAUGAGCAGGUUGAGAAAAAGUUGGCAGGAAGGCUUCAGGCCGGCAUGCAGGCAUGGACGUCAGCCUUACAGGGGCAGAGACAGAAGGAUGAGGACAUUGAUAUUCCUAUGGACACCGACACACCAGACAAACCAACUCAUAAACCCGGAGGAGAUCCAAAGAUUACCCAAGUUGUUCAAGAAGUUCGUAUCACCAACCAGACAAUGUAUAUGCAUCCGACAAUUGAAGAAUCGCGUUAUCAAAUCAUGCAACAGUUUUUCAGUUGGCAGGCAAUUGUGACCAGCCAAAACCGUAUACAGAGCACACGCUACCAGGUUGGCUUAGAUCGUCCAACUGCUCAGGUGUACAGGAAUUUGCUCAUUAAGCUUCCUGAUGAACACGUCUACAUAAAGGCUGCUUAUCGCGCUGUAGACAUGGUGGUGUUUGAGGUGUCCAACUACGUGAAGGAGUGGCUUCAGUAUCAAGCUCUCUGGGAUUUGCAGCCUGACCACCUCUAUGGACAGCUUGGAGAUGAUGUUGCAAAGUGGAUGAAGCUCUUGCAAGACAUCAAACAGUGCCGAACAACCUUCGAUACUUCGGAUACACGACGCAGCUUUGGUCCCAUUGUGGUGGACUACACCAAAGUUCAGAGCAAGGUGUCUCUGAAGUAUGACUCGUGGCAUAAGGAUGUCCUCAGCAAGUUUGGUCAACUACUUGGUCAAGAGAUGACACACUUCCAUGCUCAAGUAUCAAAGAGCCGAAGUGAAUUAGAACAACAGAGUAUUGAUGCCGCUAGUACCUCUGAUGCUGUGACACUCAUUACCUAUGUACAGUCACUGAAACGCAAGAUGAAAUCUUGGGAGAAGCAUGUUGACAUGUACAAAGAGGGUCAGCGCAUCUUGGAGCGCCAAAGAUUCCAGUUCCCAAACCAGUGGCUUCAUGUUGACAACAUUGAGGGUGAAUGGGGUGCCUUUAAUGAGAUCAUCAGACGUAAAGAUUCGAGCAUUCAGACACAGGUGGCUUCGUUGCAGCUUAAGAUUGUUGCCGAGGACAAAGCUGUGGAAUCGAGAACAAAUGAUUUCCUGGGAGACUGGGAGCACGGAAAGCCCGUAGAAGGACACUUGCGACCCGAUGAAGCUCUGCAACGUCUCACGUUGUAUGAAAGCAAGUUUACACGACUGAAGGAUGAUCGUGACAAUGUUGCCAAGGCUAAGGAAGCUUUGGAACUACAAGAGCCAGGUGCUCUUAAUACAUCUGAAGACAGAAUGACAGUGGCAUUUGAGGAACUCCAAGACCUGAAAGGUGUCUGGGCCGAGCUGGCCAAGAUAUGGGAGCAGAUUGACGAAAUGAAGGAGAAGCCUUGGCUGUCGGUACAACCUCGUAAGCUUCGGGCCCAGCUAGAUCACUUGCUGACUCAGUUGAAGGACUUGCCUGCUAGGUUGCGUCAGUAUUCAAGCUACGAGUUUGUAAAGAGGCUUUUGCAGGGUUACACCAAGGUGAACAUGACCAUUGUAGAGUUGAAGAGUGAUGCUCUCAAGGAGCGGCAUUGGAAGACAUUGAUGAAGCAGUUGCAUGUCAACUGGGUGUUGAGUGACCUUACUUUGGGCCAAGUGUGGGAUGUUGACCUAAUGAAGAAUGAACCUGUCAUCAAGAAUGUGAUCAUCACUGCUCAAGGAGAAAUGGCCUUAGAAGAGUUCCUGAAGCAAGUGCGGGAAUCAUGGCAGAGUUAUGAGCUAGACCUCAUCAACUACCAGAAUAAGUGCAAACUUAUUCGAGGCUGGGAUGACCUCUUCAACAAAGUCAAGGAACACAUCAAUUCUGUGGCGGCCAUGAAACUGUCUCCAUACUACAGAGAGUUUGAGGAAGAAGCACUCACUUGGGAAGAAAAGCUUAAUCGCAUUAAUGCGGUGUUUGACGUGUGGAUUGAUGUUCAGCGACGCUGGGUAUAUCUUGAAGGCAUCUUCUCUGGUUCUUCAGACAUCAAAGCUCUCUUGCCAGUGGAGACAUCACGCUUUGGCAGUAUUAGCACAGAAUUCCUGAACUUGAUGAAGAAGGUCAGCAAAUCUCCAAUGGUGAUGGAUGUGCUGAAUAUUCAAGGUGUUCAGCGGUCCUUAGAACGCUUGGCAGAUCUUUUGGGCAAGAUUCAGAAGGCUCUUGGUGAAUACUUGGAGCGGGAGAGAUCCUCAUUCCCAAGAUUCUACUUUGUGGGAGAUGAAGAUCUGCUGGAGAUCAUUGGCAACAGCAAGAACAUUCCACGUCUGCAGAAGCACUUCAAGAAGAUGUUCGCUGGCGUCACUGCAAUCAACCUUGAUGAAACUGAAACCAUCGUUACUGGUAUUGCUUCCCGGGAAGGUGAAAUGGUACCAUUCAACAAGGUGGUUUCGACAGUGGACUACCCAAAGAUCAACGAGUGGCUUAAGCAAGUUGAACACGAGAUGCGUAUGACACUGGCACAGAAUUUAGCAUCUGCUGUUGCCGACAUCAAGCAGUUUAAACAUGGUCCUAUUGACACGCCAAAUUACCUAAAGUGGUGUGACAAGUAUCAAGCACAACUUGUUGUACUGGCUGCACAGAUUUCUUGGAGUGAAGAGGUUGAAGCUGGUUUGGCUGCUGCUGCUAAUGGCGACAUGGGCCCCAUGCAACAAGCCCUGGUACAGGUGGAAGCGACGCUGAAUGUAUUGGCCGACUCUGUUCUCCAGGAACAGCCUCUCCUGCGCCGUAAGAAGUUGGAGCACCUGAUCAGUGAAUUUGUUCAUAAGAGGACGGUAACCAGGAACCUGAUUAAGAAUAAAGUGGUGAAUCCAAAGUCAUUUGAUUGGCUGUGCCAGAUGCGAUUCUACUUUGACCCCAAGCAAGGCGAUCCCCUGAAGCAGUUGAGCAUCCAUAUGGCCAAUGCCAAGUUCAACUAUGGAUUUGAAUACUUGGGAGUACAGGACAAGCUUGUUCAGACACCCUUAACAGACCGUUGCUAUCUCACAAUGACACAAGCUCUUGAAGCACGCUUGGGAGGCUCACCCUUUGGACCUGCUGGCACGGGUAAAACGGAAUCAGUUAAGGCACUUGGUAACCAGUUAGGUCGCUUCGUGCUAGUCUUCAACUGUGAUGAGACAUUUGACUUCCAAGCAAUGGGUCGUAUCUUUGUUGGACUCUGCCAGGUUGGGGCAUGGGGGUGCUUUGAUGAGUUCAACCGUUUGGAGGAGAGAAUGUUGUCGGCUGUGUCCCAGCAAGUGCAGACCAUACAGGAGGCACUAAAGGAAAAAGCUGGAGAGAAGACUGGAUCUCAGGUGUUGACUGUUGAGCUGGUGGGCAAGCAAGUCAAGGUUUCAACCGAUAUGGCCAUCUUCAUCACCAUGAACCCUGGCUAUGCCGGCCGCUCAAACCUUCCUGAUAACCUGAAGAAGCUCUUCCGUUCCCUUGCCAUGACUAAACCCGACAGACAACUUAUUGCCGAAGUGAUGCUCUUCAGUCAAGGCUUCAGGUCGGCUGAAAAGCUUGCCAGCAAAAUUGUUCCAUUCUUUAAGCUGUGUGAUGAACAGCUGUCCAAUCAGUCGCAUUAUGAUUUCGGUUUACGUGCCUUGAAGUCGGUGCUGGUGUCUGCUGGUAAUGUGAAGCGUGACCGCAUUCAGCGAAUUAAGGAGGAUCUCAGAAGUCGUGAAGACGCGAUAAUUGACGAAGGAACUAUUGCCGAGAACCUUCCCGAACAAGAGAUUUUGAUCCAGAGUGUGUGUGAAACAAUGGUACCCAAGCUUGUAGCAGAGGACAUUCCAUUGCUCUUCUCCCUGUUGUCUGAUGUAUUCCCAGGCAUCGAGUACACUCGUGCCCAGAUGACUGGAUUGAAAGACGAGAUAAGAAAGGUGUGCGCUGAGCAGUUCCUGGUUUGCGGUGAAGGAGAGGAACAAGGAGCUCACUGGAUGGAGAAGGGGAGUUACCCUGGGGAGGGCUGGUGUGAGAAGGUACUGCAAUUGUACCAGAUUAGCAACUUGAACCAUGGCUUAAUGAUGGUGGGUCCUAGCGGCUCAGGAAAGUCGACUGCUUGGCGGGUCCUGCUCAGAGCUCUUGAACGCUUUGAAGGGAUAGAAGGUGUUGCUCAUGUCAUCGACCCCAAAGCCAUGAGCAAAGAAACAUUGUAUGGUGUUCUUGAUCCAAAUACGCGGGAAUGGACCGAUGGCCUCUUUACACACAUUCUAAGGAAAAUCAUUGACAAUGUGCGUGGAGAGAUCAACAAGCGACAGUGGAUUAUCUUCGAUGGAGACGUUGAUCCAGAGUGGGUCGAGAACUUGAACUCUGUACUGGAUGAUAACAAACUACUCACUCUUCCAAACGGAGAGCGAUUGUCUAUUCCACCAAAUGUCCGCAUCAUGUUUGAGGUUCAAGAUCUAAAAUAUGCAACAUUAGCAACAGUCUCACGAUGUGGCAUGGUGUGGUUCUCGGAGGAUGUGCUGUCAGUUGAAAUGAUAUUCGAAAACUUCCUUGCUCGGCUUUCCAACAUUCCCAUCGAGGAGACAGAAGAGGAUGCUGCGUUCAUGAAGAAAACCGAGAAGAAGAAAGAUGACGACAUCACGCCUACAUUGCAGGUUCAGCGUGAUGUUGCUGCUAUUCUUAGCCCACAUUUGACACCAGAUGGAUUGGUUGUAAAGUGUCUGGAGUACGCGUCCAACAACUUGGAGCAUAUUAUGGACUUCACUCGGAUGCGUGCACUGUCUUCACUCUUUGCUCUCCUGAAUCAGGCAGUCAGGAAUGUUGUGCAGUACAAUAAUACCCAUCCAGACUUCCCUAUGCAAUCUGAUCAGCUUGAGAGGUAUAUACCAAAGGCUUUGGUACACUCACUCCUGUGGAGCUUUGCUGGCGAUGGCAAGUUGAAAGCACGUAGCGACAUGGGCGAUUUCAUUCGUAACUGUACCACUAUUCCUCUGCCACCAAACACAAACUCCCCUAUUGUUGACUAUGAGGUGGCCAUCAGUGGUGAAUGGAUGUUGUGGUCUACAAAGGUUCCCAGCAUGGAGGUUGAGACACACAAGGUAGCUGCACCAGAUGUGGUGGUGCCUACUGUUGACACGGUGCGUCACGAAGCCCUCCUCUACACGUGGCUCGCUGAACACAAGCCAUUAGUUUUGUGCGGUCCUCCGGGAUCGGGUAAAACUAUGACGCUCUUCUCUGCCUUGAGAGCUUUGCCCGACUUGGAAGUUGUUGGAUUGAAUUUCUCCAGUGCAACAACCCCAGAGCUACUUCUGAAGACAUUUGAUCACUACUGUGAAUAUCGCAAAACGCCAAAUGGCAUAAUCUUGUCACCAGUUCAGCUGGGCAAGUGGUUAGUGGUUUUCUGUGAUGAAAUCAACUUGCCUGAUAUGGACAAAUAUGGCACUCAGAGAGUCAUCAGCUUCCUUCGGCAGAUGGUGGAACACGGUGGAUUUUACAGAGUAUCAGACCAAGCUUGGGUUAGGUUGGAACGUAUCCAGUUUGUAGGUGCUUGCAAUCCACCAACUGACCCAGGACGUAAGCCGCUAUCCCACCGUUUCUUGCGCCAUGUACCUGUUGUGUAUGUGGACUAUCCAGGAGAGACUUCGCUAAAGCAAAUCUACGGUACUUUCAACAGGGCCAUGCUACGAAUCAUUCCGUCUCUCAGAUCAUAUGCAGAUCCACUCACAAAUUCCAUGGUGGAGUUUUAUCUUCAGUCUCAAGAGAGGUUCACUCAAGACAUGCAGCCUCAUUAUGUCUACUCUCCUCGAGAGAUGACUCGCUGGGUUCGAGGAAUUUGUGAGGCAAUUAGGCCUCUUGAGACACUUGAUGCCGAGGGUCUAGUGAGGCUUUGGGCUCACGAAGCUCUGAGACUGUUCCACGAUCGUCUAGUUACGGAUGAUGAACGCAAGUGGACUAAUGAGAAUGUCGAUGCUAUUGCACUCAAGCACUUCCCGAACAUUGACAGCGAGAGAUCUCUGCUGCGUCCUAUUCUGUACUCCAACUGGCUUUCCAAGGACUACCUCCCAGUUGAUCAGGAGGAGCUCAGAGACUACGUCAAGGCCAGGCUCAAGGUAUUCUAUGAAGAGGAAUUGGAUGUGCCAUUAGUGCUGUUUAAUGAAGUCUUGGAUCACGUUCUUCGAAUUGAUCGGAUCUUCCGCCAACCACAAGGUCAUCUUCUACUUAUCGGUGCUUCAGGUGCUGGCAAAACAACUCUGUCUCGGUUUGUGGCAUGGAUGAAUGGGUUGUCCAUCUUCCAAAUCAAGGUUCACAACAAAUACACACCAGAGGACUUUGAUGAAGAUUUGCGAGCAGUAUUGAGGCGCUCUGGUUGUAAGGAUGAAAAGAUCUGCUUUAUCCUUGACGAGUCAAAUGUGCUGGAUUCUUCCUUCCUCGAGCGCAUGAACACACUCCUGGCUAAUGGAGAAGUGCCAGGAUUGUUUGAGGGUGACGAGUAUACAACUCUUAUGACACAGUGUAAGGAGGGCAGUCAGCGAGAAGGUCUAAUGCUCGACUCCAGCGAAGAGCUUUAUAAGUGGUUCACUGGGCAGGUUAUGCGCAACCUUCAUGUUGUGUUCACAAUGAAUCCAUCAACAGAUGGACUUAAAGAUAGAGCUGCUACUUCCCCAGCCUUGUUCAACAGAUGUGUACUUAACUGGUUUGGAGAUUGGUCUAAUGGCGCCUUGUUCCAGGUUGGUAUGGAGUUCACCAAUCGUAUCGACUUGGAUAAGAUGAGCUGGCACCCACCAGACUACUUCCCUGUAGCUUUUGAAAGCCUUCCAGCACCCCCAUCCCACCGUGAUGCUAUUAUUAAUGCCUUUGUGCACGUUCACCAGACAUUACACAGAGCAAAUACACGUUUAGCUAAGCGUGGAAGCACAGUGAUGGCCAUCACUCCAAGGCAUUAUUUGGAUUUCAUUAACCACUUUGUGAAGCUGUACAAUGAAAAGAGAUCCGAGCUUGAAGAGCAACAACUUCAUCUAAAUGUUGGUUUAGGCAAAAUUGCCGAGACAGUGGAACAGGUGGAACAGAUGCAGAAAUCUCUGGCCAUCAAAAAUCAGGAAUUGCAAGCAAAGAAUGAAGCAGCCAAUAUGAAACUGAAGCAGAUGGUGAAGGAUCAGCAAGAAGCCGAGAAACAAAAAGUGGCCAGUCAAGAGUUGCAAGAACAGCUUGAAGCCCAAACGGAAGGUAUCAGUAUUAAACGGGAGGAGGUGAUGAAAGAUUUAAGCAAGGUGGAGCCUGCUGUGCAAGAUGCUCAAAAUGCUGUCAAGAGUAUCAAGAAACAGCACUUGGUUGAGGUUCGAUCAAUGGCUAAUCCUCCUCCGAUGGUAAAAUUAGCCUUGGAGUCGAUCUGUCUUCUUCUUGGUGAAGCAACAUCAGACUGGAAGACUAUAAAGUCUAUUAUCAUGAAGGACAAUUUCAUUAACACUGUUGUUAAUUUCAAUACUGAUGACUUGUUGGAUGAUAUCCGAGAAAAGAUGAAGAACAGAUACCUCAGUAACCCCGAUUAUAACUUUGAGAAGGUAAAUCGGGCUUCGUUGGCUUGUGGCCCAAUGGUGAAAUGGGCAAUUGCACAAAUAGAAUAUGCCGACAUGCUAAAGAGGGUCGAGCCCUUGAGAAAUGAAUUGCGUAGCCUUGAAAAUAUGGCAGACGAAAACAAGAAAAAGCAUGAAGACGUAAAGACGUUAAUAAACCGUCUUGAGCGCUCUAUUGCUGCAUAUAAGGAUGAAUAUGCCGUGCUUAUAUCUCAAGCUCAAGCCAUUAAGACAGAUCUAGAAAAUGUGCAGGCCAAGGUUGACCGCUCCAUGGCUCUCAUCAGGAAUCUAAGUAUUGAGAAGGAUCGCUGGGCUGCAACAUCAGAUACAUUUAAGUACCAGAUGUCGACAAUCAUUGGAGAUGUGUUGUUAUCGUCUGCCUUCCUAGCUUACGGUGGGUACUUUGAUCAGCAGUUCCGCGAGAACUUGUUCACAAACUGGUGCCACCACCUCCAGCAAGCAAGCAUCCAGUUCCGUGGAGAUAUUGCUCGAACCGAGUAUCUGUCAAACCCAGAUGAGAGACUGAGGUGGCAAGCAAAUGCUCUUCCUGCUGAUGAACUCUGUACAGAGAAUGCAAUUAUGCUGAACAGGUUCAAUAGAUAUCCACUGAUCAUUGACCCAUCUGGCCAAGCCACAGAUUUCAUCAUGAAUGAAUUCAAGGAGAAGAAAAUAACCAAGACCAGCUUUUUGGAUGAUUCCUUCAGGAAGAAUUUGGAAUCUGCCCUUCGCUUUGGUAACCCACUUCUUGUCCAAGAUGUCGAGAAUUAUGAUCCAAUUCUUAACCCUGUGUUGAACCGGGAACUACGCAGAACAGGAGGACGUGUCCUCAUAACUCUAGGAGAUCAGGAUAUUGAUUUAUCUCCAGCAUUCACCAUCUUCUUGUCUACACGUGACCCAACUGUGGAAUUCCCACCAGACAUAUGCUCUAGAGUCACAUUUGUCAACUUCACUGUGACCAGGUCGUCACUUCAGUCCCAGUGCUUGAACCAAGUUCUUAAGGCAGAACGACCAGAUAUUGACGACAAGCGCUCCAACCUUCUCAAAUUGCAGGGUGAGUUCCAGCUCCGCUUAAGACAGUUAGAAAAGAACUUGUUACAAGUACUGAACGAUGCUAAGGGUCAAAUUUUGGAUGAUGACUCUGUGAUCACAACUUUGGAGACACUCAAGAAGGAAGCUGCUGAUAUUUCAUUAAAAGUACAAGAAACAGACAAGACUAUGAAUGAAAUUGAAAUGGUUUCUCAGCAGUACCUGCCACUGUCGACGGCAUGUUCCAGUAUCUACUUUACCUUGGACGCUCUCCAUCAAGUUCACUUCCUGUACCAGUAUUCGUUGCACUUCUUCCUCGAUGUGUUCACCGAUGUUCUCUCCAACAACCCGAACAUCAAGGACCAGACGGAAUAUGCUCGCAGAUUAUCGAUCAUAACCAACGAUCUCUUCCAGCUAACAUACACGCGUGUUGCACGUGGAAUGGUGCACACGGAUCGACUUGUUUUUGCCAUAUUGUUGGCACGCAUCCGUCUUCGUGGUGUGACGUCGGAGUCUUCUUACGACUCUGAGUUCCAGUUCCUGCUAAAGAGCAAAGAAGGCCUUUUGAGCUCCAAUAUUUCCGCCAUGCCCGGUCUCACACCAGAACAGACUGACUCAAUGUUAAGGCUGAGCAAUAAAGUGCAAGCUUUUGGUAACGUUGACCGAUUUGUGGGCAAUAAGGAGUUCCAAAGUUGGCUUGAAUCUGCUUCUCCCGAGCUGCACGUGCCCACCAUUUGGGAGACUGAGAGGCAGUUGACACCUAUUGGUCAAGCCAUGUACCAGGUGUUGGCUCUCCAAGCAUUCAGACCCGAUAGGUUGUGUGCAGCUGUUAGCAUCUUUGUCAAUAAUGUGUUAGGUGAUGGUUUCUUAGCCAUUGGAGAACGUGAGGUAGAUAUGGCAGGAGUCGUUGAGAAUGAAGUUAAGGCCAACACUCCAGUACUUAUGUGUGCUGUUCAGGGCUUUGAUGCCUCUGCUAGAGUUGACGACUUGGCAACUGAGCUGAACAAACCAAUCACAGCUAUUGCUAUUGGGUCAGCUGAAGGCUUCAGUCAAGCAGAGAAAGUAAUCAACUCUGCAGUUAAAAAUGGAAGGUGGGUGAUGCUGAAGAAUGUACAUCUUGCUCCUGGAUGGCUUGUGCAGUUGGAGAAGAAAUUGCAUUCACUCCAUCCACAUCCUCAGUUCCGUCUAUUCCUAACAAUGGAAAUUACUCCUCGUUUACCAGUUAACCUCUUGCGUGCUGGUCGCGUGUUUGUCUUUGAGCCUCCACCUGGCGUGAGGGCUAAUUUGAUGCGAACUUUCAGCACCGUACCAGCAUCGCGUAUGAUGCGUGCCCCCAGCGAACGUGCGCGGCUGUACUUCCUCUUGGCCUGGUUCCAUGCCAUCACUCAGGAGCGAUUGCGCUAUGCUCCUCUUGGUUGGGCCAAAUAUUACGAGUUCAACGAGUCGGAUCUGAGAGUAGCUUGUGAUACACUCGACACGUGGAUUGAGGCCACAGCAAUGGGACGAACAAAUCUUCCGCCUGAGAAAGUACCGUGGGAUGCUUUGGCCACCCUAAUGUCCCAAUGCAUCUAUGGUGGCAAGAUUGAUAACGAAUUUGACCAGAGACUCCUUACCUCGUUCCUCUCAAAGUUGUUCACACCCAGGAGUUUCGACCCUGAUUUCCCACUUGUCAUCAAUGUCGAUGGUAUUGAGGGUGAGAAUAUCACAAUGCCAGAUGGUAUCAGGAGAGAUCAGUUCCUGCAUUGGGUUGAAUCUCUGAGUGAUCGGCAGACUCCAUCAUGGCUUGGGUUGCCAAACAACGCCGAGAAGGUUCUUCUCACCACCAGAGGUACAGACAUGUUAAGCAAGUUGUUAAAGAUGCAGGUGCUAGAAGAUGAUGAUGAACUGGCCUACGGCGGAGAUGAAAGCCCUGGCACCGAGCGCAAGAAUGUGGAGGGUCGACCUUCGUGGAUGGUGACACUUCAGCAGUCUGCCGUGACUUGGCUCUCCCACCUUCCCGAGUCACUUAGCACAUUGCGUCGCACGUUGGACAAUAUCAAGGAUCCCCUCUAUCGUUACUUUGAACGCGAGGUCAAUUCUGGAGCCAGGCUACUUCGUAUUGUGAGAAGUGACCUCAGUGAUGUCAUACUCAUCUGUAAGGGUGAAAAGAAGCAAACAAACUACCACCGAACGAUGGUCAGUCAGCUGGUGAAGGGCAUCAUUCCGGACCAAUGGAAAGCCUAUACAGUUCCUCGUGAAGCAACUGUUAUUCAGUGGGUCACGGACUUUUCUCAGAGAGUUCGACAGCUUCAAGAAAUCUCGCAACAGGUUGCACAGUUUGGAGCUUCUGAACUCAAGAAUGUUACCGUAUGGCUUGGAGGGCUCUUUAAUCCUGAAGCUUAUAUUACGGCUACAUGCCAGUGUGUUGCUCAGGCUAAUUCCUGGUCACUGGAGGAACUCAUGCUGGAAGUUUCAAUUGCUGAUGCAGAAGGUCAAGUUACUGCUCGGGGUGGAUUUAAUGUCAAGGGCUUGAAGCUACAAGGUGCCGAGUGUGUUAACAACGCCCUGCAGCUUGCCCAAACAAUAAUGACAGAUCUGCCCAUGGUUAUCCUGCAUUGGGUACGUCUUGAGGUCACCGAAACCAACAAGAUAACUCUGCCAGUGUACCUUAACGCCACAAGGAGUGACAUUCUCUUCACCGUGGAACUCAACAUGGCUGCUAACCAGAGCGCUCAUAGCUUCUAUGAGAGAGGUGUGGCUCUCUUGGCAUCAGUUAGUCUUAACUAAAUUCAUAUUAUUGAUUAGAUUUAGUGCCAGAGUUAAUUUAAAUAUUACUUCGACUAUUGAGGAUUAAAUUAGUGGGAAUUGCUACUUUUCAUCUGAUAAGUUUAAACAUUUUGUAAAUUACCCAAAAUUAAAUAGCAUGAUGCUUCUUACUCAAGGAAAAAAUUAGUUUUAAAGGAAUUUAUCGGCAAUUGAAUAUUGAUGUAAUGAGAUAAUUUAAAAUUGUGUAAAAUAUUGUACUUUAAAUAUAAUUACUGUAAACAUUGACUACUUCACAUUUUAUUGUUUUUAGCCAGAACCAAAUACAUAUAAUUGAAAAUAGUUUAAAA